AAUUUGAAAACUAAAUCUUGAUAGUAACUUUAUAAUUUCAGAUAAGAGAUAAGGGACCGUGAUGUACCAAAAGGCACAUUGGGUGACCCUAGCAGGCAUCAUCUUUAUCUGUUUGAAAUAUUCAUCUGCUCAAAAUGCUUGCAAUAGUAGUCCCUGUCGCAAUGGCGCUACGUGUGUGGAAUCUGUUUUAGAGCCUGGUUACGUGUGUCUAUGCAACGGUCAAUUUAAUGGUCAGCAAUGUGAACAGUCUGCAUUUUCAACCAGAUGUGGAUCUGAUUCCUAUACUCCGUCGGGGACUGUGACGUCACCAAACUAUCCGUCUAAUUACACACAACGGCUUAUUUGUUUUUACAACAUUCGCGUUGCAAAUGCUUCAUUUUUAACAUUUACGUUCAGUCAUUUGGAAAUAGAACGUUAUAAAGACUAUAUAGAGAUAGCGCCAGACCCGUUCUUCAUUGAGACAAGAGAAACUGAUACAAAUGUUCCAGUAAACUUAACGUACGACGGGUAUUAUGUUCCGCCACCCCUACCUUUUACACUGGAAACUAAUCAGGUGGUGAUUUUGUUUACCUCGGAUAAAAAUGUAAACCUGAAAGGAUGGUCACUCUCAUAUGAAUCAACUCUAUCUCCUUGUGCCACGAAUCCAUGUGAAAAUGGUGGCUCUUGUCUGCACCUUCCACCAAAUGGUUAUCAAUGUUUCUGUUCGAACGAGUGGCAGGGUGUCAAUUGCUCAAUAGCUAUCGACCCCUGUGUUCCGAAUCCAUGUUUGAAUGAAGCCACCUGUGAUGCAAUAUCGCUGACAGAAUAUUCUUGCACAUGCGUACUAGGAUGGACAGGUGACUUGUGUGACAGAGGUCUAGUGAUUAUCACAGAUACAGAUCUAGUAAUCCUCAGUGGAGACCCAGUUACAGAAGGCACCUCCCAACCUUUAUUCACCGUCAACAUCAACCUCACCCCUGCGGCAUCCUCCUUCCAGUUGACUGGCACAGAUCUAUGGAGAUUUGAAUUCUACUACAGCAAUCAGAACGAUGGCAGUGGCAGCAUCAUUGGUUCUGGCUCAGCCUUGCUUACACCCUUACAGGCUAGCACAGCUUGGAUUCCUCCCAAUGUUGCCAGCUUUAAUAGUGUUGCGGUUUCAACAUCUCUUGGCGUUAUAACAUGUUCGGAGUACAGAUAUCUGUGUGUGAAUGUAAGGAAAGGGACAGCAUCAUCUGUUGAUUAUGAUCUUGUGGGAUUUCCAGAUUUGACUGCCCUCAAUCAUUGCGCUGACGUUGGUUGCAGAGGUGUUGAAAUAACUGGGGUCCAUCUGAGUCUCCUAACCUCUGAGCUUCUAGAAGGAGUGUCCUCUCAACCAAUUCAGUUCAAUCUGGAGUUGGAGUCAGUUGCUGAGGCUGGAAGUGUUCGUGGCUCUAAUCUUUGGAAGUUCACUAUGUUUGGAAGUGCAUCCUCUAAUGGUUUUGGUAGUCCUCGUAUAUCAAGUACAACAGCAACUCAAACGCCAGGUCACAGGAAUACACCAGUCAAUGCAGGAAUACUGUCAGUCUUCAACAAUCUACAGGGAACUUUCAACCUGAAUCAGAUUAUCUGUCCCCAAGUACCAUACUUCUGUGUUCAGGUUGAAAAAGGCGAUACUGCUUUUCCAGACUUCACAUUCACUGGAAUUCCAGAUGAAUCUAUCCUCACAGCCUGUGUUCCAGUUCCUUGUAUAGGUGUACAGAUUACAAGAACAUACUUCAGCAUCGAUGCUGGUGGAGUGUUUAUAGAAAGGAGAUUAAGUCAUUCAGUUGACUUCUCUAGUUUCUUCACAACUAGUUUGACAGGUGGUAGUGUCAGUGGCAAUAGAUUAUGGGAGGUCCAGUCAUUUGCAAGUUCCUCUAGUGAUGGAAGUGGUCAACGUUACAGUGUGUCGAAUGUACCCCUGACGGAGCAGCAGGCUAGUGUAGGCAACAUCGCUGGCUCUUCUUCAUCCCUACAACAACUCACUGCAACAUUCAAUCUGGGUGGCACUAAGUGUGACCAGCUUAGGUACAUGUGUGUGACUCUGGAUAAAGGAUCAAAUGCUUCUCCAAACUUUACCCUGGAUCCUCUACCCAAUAGUGAAGUCUUGACUAGUUGUACAGCCAUCGAGUGUAAUGGUGUGAUUGUAACAACGAUUAUUCCAAGGAUCAUAAGAGGAAUCCCAAUCCAGUAUGGUUACAGUUCUAACAACUUUACUUGUGAACUGACUGUCAAUGCUAAAAGCGAUGGUGCAAGCAUUGCAGGAUCUGGUCUGUGGAACAUUGUUGCCUACGUUAAUAACCAGGAAGACGGCCGCGGUGUACGUGCUGCAGAGCAACAGAUCUCGCUCACAUCUGCACAUACGACUACCUCGUUAGCAGCUGGCGGUCAAGCAUUUUUCAGCCAGCUUGAAUUCAACUUUGACCUUUCAGGUGUGAGUAGUUGCGAUGAUGUAAUGUUCCUCUGUUUUGAGCUGCAAAAGGCAGACUCAUCUAUUCCUGAUUUUACUCUUGAAGGCAGCACAACCACUUGUUUGAGCAUCAACUGUCAAGAAUACAAUGCCUGUGAUAGUAACCCAUGCAGUAAUGGAGGAAUCUGCUUUAAGGUUGGGGAGGCAUUUACAUGUACAUGUGCUGCAGGUUGGACUGGACCAGUCUGUACUCAGAUCAUCGAUAACUGUAACCCAAACCCAUGUGUUAAUGGUGGGACAUGUGUAAAUCAGGUGGCUAGCUAUUCCUGCUUAUGUCUUUUUGGCUGGAGGGGUCCAAACUGUGGUGAAACAGAUACUGGAGUUGAAAUAUCCGGCACCACUGUUCUCCUGGAGUCUGGCUAUCUUCGACAGAGCUCUGCUACCAACACAUUCCUUCUUGAUGUAUUUCUCCAAGCAACCGCCACAAGUGCGUUGGCCAGUGGAUCCGGUCUAUGGAAGGGAAGAGCCUUUGGAAGUAGCAGCUCGUCUGGGAGUGGUGUCCGUUAUGCCGAGCAAGAUAUUACUUUUGACAGCGUGCAAGCAGAAACCAGCAUUGUACCGAAUACUGUUAGGCUUAUUAAUAACGUCAUGGUAGAUUUUGACUUUAGCAACAGAGUUUGUAUAGAGGGCCAGUACCUGUGUGUAGAGAUUCAAAAAGGUGAUAAUCCUGCGCCUGACUUCAUCUUAACAGGGGUUCCUUCAUCAGAUGCAUUGGUUGGGUGCGUUGAAGUCACUUGCCUAGGUGUUGAGAUCACAAGUAUUUUUAGUGGUCUUCCACGUGGAUUCGAAGUUGUUGAACGUACAUCUUCCCAACCAAUUAACUUUGCGCUGAAUAUUGUUAGUGACAGAGCUGCUGGCAGCGUUACAGGACUUGGAUUGUGGAAACUUUUUGGCUACUUUACCAGCAGUGAUAACUCUGGAGUGCCACAAGUUCAACAGAUUCAGCUAGAUGCCAUCCAAGCUGCCACAGGGAUCACUGCUGGAGAGGUUGCUACGAUCCAGAACAUCGCAGCGUCCUUGAGCCUUGACGGUGUUUGUGCUGAUGUUGGUUAUUUUUGCAUGGCGCUUGCUAGAGGAGAUGCACCGUCUGUUGAUUUUAAGCUUGAAGAGACAAGUCAGCUUAGUACAUGCAUUGAGGUCACAUGCAGGGGUGUUGGAGUCACUGGAACAUCAUAUACAUCUACAUCAGGACUCCUUAAAGAAGGAUCAGCCAAUCACCCAUUCACAUUUGACUUGCUCAUAACCUCUGACCCACAAGGUGCCAGUGUCCAGGGGUCAAAUCUCUGGAAUGUGGAACUUUUCUCAAGCUUUGACCAGUUUGGUACUAAAAAUAAUGUAAUUGAUCAAGUGGUACCUUUGACCAGUGAACAGAGUGGUACAGGUUUACUGGCUGGUGUGCCUGUGACCCUCCAGAAUGUCAUGGCUUCUCUUGACCUUUCAACUGUGACCUGUGCAGAUAUUCCAUUUUUGUGUACACGUUUGUCACGUAGUGUUUCAGCGUCAACAAAUUUUACCCUUGAAAGCUACCCAGACGGAGACAGGUUGACCAACUGUAAGACAGUGGGUUGUGAAGAGCCAAACACUGCACCUUAUUUCUUAUUUGGAGGAGAUUUUAACAACGUGGUUAUACCUGAAGAUUCCCAACCUGGUACUGUUAUAUAUACUCUACGUGGAGGUGAUAAUGAAGGGGAUAUACUCACCUACGGUCUUGUUGGUGACUUGGCAAAUCAGUUGUUUCAGGUCAACUCAGUGACAGGCGAAGUUACGCUCAGGACAAAUCUGGAUUCAGAGAAUGUGAACAUAUAUAAUAUAUCAGUGUCUGUGAGUGAUGGUCGGGAAACUGUUAUUGAAUAUUCAACCGUGUUCGUUGGCGAUGUGAACGACAACGCCCCUGUCUUUAUCGGAACACCAUACACAGCUACUGUUGAAGAAAGCCAAGCCCCCAAUAGUGUUAUUUUCGAAGUGGAAGCCAUAGAUCUUGAUAGUGGCCAAAAUGGUGCCGUAACUUAUCAACUAGCAGAGGCAUCAGAACUGUUUGAGGUAUCUCCUUCAUCAGGUGAAAUUAUCCUCAUCGGAACAUUGAAUUUUGAAGAAUCCGCAAGCUAUCAGUUAAGAGUGCGAGCCUAUGAUGGUGGAGUACCUCGUAUGGAAAGCGAGGAGGAAGUGAUCAUUACAGUAGGAGAUGUUCAAGAUUCUGAUCCUGUGUUUGUCAACUUGCCCUACUCACCUACAGUAGAUGAGGAAACAACAGUUGGAAGUGUUGUUCAGGUAGUUAGUGCAGAAGAUCCCGAUGUUGACAAUCCAAAUGUAAUUCAGUAUAGCAUUAUUUCAGGGAAUGAACAGGGGUUCUUCAGCAUUAACUCAUCAACAGGAGUGUUGACUUUGGCCAAUAUGAUUGAUCUGGAGUCGGGUGCACCAUCAGCUUUUACAGUUGUGGUCAGGGCAACAGAAAUAGGGCCCACAGGAGGUGCUAGCGCCAUCACAGAAUUUACAAUCCGUGUUGCUGAUGUGAACGACAACCUCCCUGUUUUUAAUGCACCAAUUUAUGUUGAAACUAUCUCUGAACUUUCACCUGUGAACACGCCUUUGAAUCUAGGCAUAUCAAUCAACGACACAGAUACGGGCAUUAAUUCUGCGUAUUUGAUCAGUCUAAGAGGAACCAACAGAAACCUGUUCAGUGUGGCCCCUACCAGUGGUAUUGGACUGUCCACGCCUGUUGUAAGCUUAGCAAGUACAUUGGAUUAUGAGACAAGCAGUAGUUACACUGUUGAGAUUUAUGCAACAGAUGCAAAUGAUCCAACAAGGGAAACCUCAUCGACAAUCAUUGUUAAUCUGAUGAAUGAGAACGAUAACUCGCCUUUCUUUUCCCCACAAUCAUAUCUUGUUAACAUACUUGAAAACGUGACUGUGGGAGCAAUGGUGUUGCGAGUCACAGCAACAGAUAAUGAUGGCGAUCUAGUGACUUAUGAAAUUUCGAAUAAUCCCAGUUUUACAAUUGACGCUGUUAGUGGAAAUAUAACGACAACCCAGGAAUUGAAUUAUGAGGACUCAACUCAACAUAUCUUUACCGUACUAGCUUCAGAUAAUAGAAAUCCACCAAGAACAGCAACUGUGCAAGUAAUAGUAAAUGUUGAGAAUGUCAAUGAUAAUGCGCCACAAUUCCCGCGUGAUCGCUACGAUUUGAACACUUUUGAGAAUGAGAAUUAUGGGCCUGGUAACCCGCUCUGGACUCUUGAGGCUACCGAUUCUGAUAUGGACCCCACCAAUCUACCAGUGUACAGCUUCCUAGUGACAAGUCCUAAUGGAGACACCAUGAAAGUCUCGGAGUACAUGGGUCUGCGUAUUGAGACAUUGUCCGGCGUGGGUUACAUCUAUACAACAUCCCCAAUAGAUUAUGACGUCCUGGAUGGGUCAAUUUUAGUUACUGUUAUCGCUGAGGAUUCUGAUGGUUUAUCAGACACAGCAACUCUUAACAUUAAUGUCUUGGAUACGAACGACAAUGCCCCAGUGUUCAACCAAUCAUCAUAUUCCUUCACAAUUCCCGAGAACAUACCUCCUGGUCAGAGCAUAUUCCAGGUUGUAGCUACCGAUGGCGAUAGAUCACCACAGUACGGUACACCCUCUCUCCGGUACUACAUUAAUCCACCAAGCUCCACCUUCUCAAUAUUUCAAUCCACCGGACAGAUCUUUACCGUGAGAUCUUUGGAUUAUGAGGCUGGUGAUACAAGUUAUGAAUUGCAGGUGAUAGCCAUUGACAGCUUUCAACCCAAUGAGAUGACCGGC